UAUACUUUGUCUUUACUAUGUUUCUCUAAUUGUCUCUACAGUUAAGCCACAAAACAGAAAGGACAUUUCUUUCCUUCACAUAGAAAAAUCCCAGAAAAAGGGGAACUUCCUUUGUCUUUUCUCACUUUCAAUUUAACCUCCUUUUCUUUCUUUCUUUCUUUCUUCUUUUCUUUCACUCACACGCUUCUAUAGCUAUUUCUUUCUUCCAACACAUGCAAACACACAAGAAUAAUCUGCGACCUAAGCUUUUCCUCUAACUCCUAUCACACAAUUGUCUUCAUUCAUCCCUUUUCAUAUGUCGGUUCAUUUCUAAACCACAAAGAAAUCAUAUAUUAUUAUUAACCUUUUUAACUAUGAGAGGCAUAACAUCUUGUUACAAUGAACAUGCCAUUAGAGUAUCUGAUUUAUAUUGUUCAAGACCUUCCAAUUCAAACCAUUCUUCUUAUCUUUCUCCAAAACUCAACAAUAAUAACCCUUCAACUCAAAAUUCAGUUACCUGCAUCUACAAACUCAACUUCAUUUCAAUUAAAAAAACACAAUUUUUCAUCACACUAACUUGGACAAAGAAACUCAUAGGUCAAGGUUUCAUCAUAAACAUCAUCAACCACAACACUGAUUCUGAUUCUGAUUAUGUUAAUGUUCUGUCAAAGUUCAAUACUAAUCCUCCUCUGCUAUUGAGAAAGAACAAAGGCACUGAAACGUUUCAAAAUCAAAACUUUGAAGUUAAAGUCUUGUGGGAUCUUUCUGAUGCUAAGUAUGAUGAAGGGCCUGAACCGGUUACCGGGUUUUACGUAUAUGUUUUGGUGAACUCUGAAUUGGGUCUUUUUCUCGGAGACAAAAAUGAAGAAACUUUGAACUUAAAUGAGAAACAAAUUCAUGGAGCGAAAUUCUCCAUGGUUUCGAGGAGCGAACGGUUCAAUGGCACCGGUAUUUAUCCAACAAAGGUUAAGUUUUCUGAAACAGGAAUUGUUCAUGAUUUAUUGAUAAAGUUUGGUGUUGAAGAAGAAGGAUCAAAGAGCCAUGUUUUGUGUUUGUUUAUGGAUAAGAAAAUGGUGUUUCAAGUGAAGAGAUUGAAGUGGAAUUUUCGUGGGAAUCAAACAAUUUUUGUGGACGGUUUGGUUGUGGAUAUGAUGUGGGAUGUGCAUGAUUGGAUUUUCAAUCCUAAUUCUGGUUCUGCUGUUUUUAUGUUUAGGACAAGAAGUGGAUUGGAUAGUAGAUUAUGGUUGGAAGAGAAGAAUUUGUUUAAACAAAAUGAACAUGAUAGAAUUGGGUUUUCUUUGUUGAUACGUGGAUGUAAGAACCCUCAUUGAUUAUUCAAUCUUUUGGUUUCGUUUUUCC